UUGAAAAGACGCAGAAAUACAGAAACUGUGUUGAGAUGACUAGCAUUCUCAGUCCUUCCUCUCCAAAAAUGGCUUUACUCGGAGACGACGGCCGUGGCUACGAGCUGGCCUGUAAGCUCGAGUCCUGCAACGUCUGGCGCACCUGGCUCGGCGACUCCAACUACGCCACCUUCGUCCACUUCCUCUCCUCCCCCUCCACCUGGGACAACUUCAUGCGAUCCGACGACUCCAAAUCUAGGGCUCAGAUCCAACUCCAACUCCGCGCCCGUGCCCUCCUCUUCGACAAGGCCUGCGUCUCUCUCUUCCUCCGCCCCGAUUCCGAUUCCAAUUCCUCCUCUUCUUCUUCUUCUUCUUCUUCGCUCGCCGUUUCCAAGCUCAAUCCCACCUAUUUGCAGUUGCAUGCUGAUGACGUGUACUUCAGUCUCGAUAAUUCUUCCACAGAAGGAGUUCAGGCUCAACAGCGCGAGGCCUCCAAGAUUCAGUCAAAAACAGCUUUUGGUUUUGGAUCAAGAUAUGGAGAAUCUGAAAUUGAUAAUAAGCCACCGAGGUUUAAAAAUGAAGAGCUGCCUGAGACCUGGUAUAAUCAGGUUAUUGAGAGACAUAGGGCUAGCAAACCGCACAGGUUUUCAUCAGCAGACCGAGAAUCAGAGAAACGUACUCCAGAGGAGAUGUCUGCUUAUCUUAAGCUUGCUGUGAAGCAUAAGAAAAGGUGUUUAGCAUUCAGAGAAGAUCAGUAUGUGGGAUAUGGAAAUCCCCUUCAAGAAAAUGCAUCACAGAAUCCACAUUCUGUUUUAGAUGGUAGUAGUUCAAUUGAUCAUGAAGCAUCUUUUUUCCCAGAAACAAUGUUUACGUUGAACUGUGUUCCUGAUAGUGCACUUCCACCUACGAAUAGAGUGCAAGACGACCAAAAAGUUGAAUUUUAUGGAGUUCUUGAUACGUUACCUCAGGCUUUGACUAGGAGUCCCGUUAUGCUUGAGAGGCUGGGUAUAAGACCUGAAUACCUUAACAUGGAUCAAGGAGGAAGCUUACAUCGUGGAAAGAAUGGGUCUGCAGGUAACAAAAGUUGUCUUACUCAUGAGCAAGCGGCACAGUUAUCUCAAAAGGUAAUAGCCCGGAUGCUGACAAAUGUGGGAUUUGAAGGUUCCUCAGAAGUUCCAAUUGAAGUUUUCUCUCAGUUGCUAAGCUGUCAUAUCUGUAAAUUGGGUAGCCGCUUGAAAGUUCUUACUGAUAGUUACAGAAAGCAGUGUUCAGCAAUUGAACUAUUGAAGAUGUUCCUUCAAACAGUGGGAUAUAGUAAUUUUGGCCCUCUAGCUGAUCAAGUCAAGGAUGGCUCCAGGAAUUUCCAUCAACAAAGUCUGCAGCAAAUUCAUGGAAUGCAGUCACAGUUGCAGCCACAGCACCAGAACCCUAUUCGACUACCCCAACAAAUAUCGAGACAAAUGCAUCCACAGAUGCAGCAAAUGCAGCAGAUUCAGCAAAUGCAGCAAAUUGCCCAAUCCAAGAAUGUGCCAUUUCAGCAACAGCAGCAGAUAGAAAGAAUGCGAAGACGUCAACCAUCUACUCCUCGUGCUGGUAUGGACAUGGUACAGGACAGACCAAUGGUCCAGGUCAAGAUUGAAGCUCCAUCAGAGUUACCCAUGGAUAGUAAUGCCUUCAAUAGUUUCAACAACAGACAUCCACAAUUGCAGUUCAGGCAGCAGCAAAUUCCUGCAAUGUCGAAUCCUACAAUGCAAAAUGUCCCUGCUCAGUCAGGGAAUCAGUUUAGACAGAUAUCUGCACAAAUUCAAUCACAAACUCUCUCAUGUGUGCAGGAACGCCGGUGUUCUUAGGGCUCGACCAGUGAAGGUUGAAGGUUUCCAGGAAUUAAUGGGUGGAGAUGCUUCAUCAAAGCAUGAUUCAGAUGAAAAUAGGCUGACCUCCCCAAAAUAGCCCCUCCUCAUCAAGUAAAUAAAUUGCCAGUGUCUGACCUUCCUGUUCAUGUGUUACAUAUGUUGAAAAAGCAUGUCCGCUACGCAUACUAACCCAUGCUCGGUGCAUGAUAGUUUGAUAACAGUAAUGGACUUUUUUGACAGUUUGUAGGUAUAAGUGUUUAACUUAUUAAUUGUGAAUUUAAGGCUGCGCACGGGCCGGGCGAAACAUGAUUUUCAGUGCACC